AUGAAGAGUCUACUUUUUCUGGUGCUGAUUUUUUUCUGCUGGGUUGAGCAUCAUGCUGCUAACUUCACUCUGGAGCAUGAUAGAAUAAUUCACAUCCACGAAAAUGCACCUCAUCUUCUUGUGAAAGCACAACAAACAAAAAUCUUCUCAAAUCGUGGUGGAAGUGUUACUCUGCCAUGUAAAUUUUACCGUGACAAUACAUUACCUGUCUCAGGAGUCCAUAGAGUUCGUGUCAAGUGGACCAAACUCACUUCAGAUUACCUCAAAGAAGUGGAUGUCUAUGUUGAAAUGGGCUAUCACAAAAAAAGUUAUGGUAAUUACCAAGGAAGGGUAUUCUUGAAGAAAAGCACUGAAAAUGAUGCCUCUUUGGUCAUCUCAAAUUUAAUGCUGGAGGAUUAUGGGAAAUACAAAUGUGAAGUCAUUGAAGGUUUAGAAGAUGACUCAGCUGUUGUAACUCUAGACUUGGAUGGCAUUGUAUUCCCUUACUUCCCACGACUGGGUCGCUAUAAUUUAAACUUCUAUGAAGCUCAGCAAGCCUGCCUCGACCAGGAUGCAGUUAUAGCUUCAUUUGACCAGCUAUAUGAUGCAUGGAGGUCAGGACUGGACUGGUGCAAUGCAGGCUGGCUCAACGAUGGGUCAGCGCAAUAUCCAAUUAGAAAUCCCAGAGACCCUUGUGGUGGGAAGAACACAGUGCCUGGAAUCCGGAAUUAUGGCUUCUCAAAUAAAGAACAAAACAAAUACGAUGUCUUUUGUUUUACCUCUCAUUUUACUGGCCGUUUUUAUUACCUAAUACACCCGACCAAGCUGACCUAUGAUGAAGCUGUGCAAGCCUGCAUCAAUGAUGGUGCACAGAUUGCUAAAGUAGGCCAAAUGUAUGCAGCCUGGAAACUCCUAGGAUAUGACCGCUGUGAUGCCGGCUGGCUGGCUGAUGGCAGUGUCCGAUAUCCCAUCUCCAAGCCAAGAAAACGCUGUAGCCCUAAUGAAGCAGCAGUACGCUUGGUGGGCUUUCCGGAUAAAAAGCACAAGCUAUAUGGAGUCUACUGCUUCAGGUCAUACCAGUGA